GGGAAACCAUCCGAAGACAGCAAGAUGUUUCUCGCUAUCUUGUACUUCAUUUUGCCCUUAGUGGAUGUACUUUUGUCUGCAGAAGUGAAUGGGCUGCCUGGAGGGGAUCGCCUAGACUGCGUGAAAGCCAGCGAUCAGUGUCUCAAGGAGCAGAGCUGUAGUACUAAAUACAGGACACUGAGGCAGUGUGUAGCCGGCAAAGAGAGCAACUUCAGCCGGGCGACAGGCCUGGAGGCAAAGGAUGAAUGCAAGAGUGCCAUGGAAGCUCUGAAGCAGAAAUCUCUGUACAACUGCCGCUGCAAGAGGGGCAUGAAGAAAGAGAAAAACUGCCUGCGCAUUUACUGGAGCAUGUACCAGAGCUUACAGGGAAAUGAUUUGCUUGAAGAUUCUCCCUAUGAACCAGUUAACAGCAGACUGUCAGACAUAUUCAGGCUAGCACCCAUUGUAUCAGUGGAGCCAGUACUUUCAAAGGGGAACAAUUGCUUGGAUGCAGCAAAAGCUUGUAACCUAAAUGAUACCUGCAAGAGGUUCAGAUCUGCUUACAUAACCCCCUGCACCAGCAGCACGUCUAAUGAAAUCUGUAACAAGCGGAAAUGUCAUAAGGCCCUCCGGCUAUUUUUUGACAAAGUUCCCCCAAAGCACAGCUAUGGGAUGCUCUUCUGCUCCUGUCGAGAUGUAGCCUGUACAGAAAGGAGACGGCAGACUAUUGUUCCUGUGUGUUCAUAUGAGGACAGGGAGAAACCAAACUGCCUGAAUUUACAAGAAUCCUGCAAGAAGAAUUACAUCUGCAGAUCUCGCCUUGCAGAUUUUUUCACAAACUGCCAGCCUGAGUCACGGUCUGUCAGUAGCUGUCUGAAGGAGAACUAUGCUGACUGCCUCCUCGCUUACUCGGGGCUUAUUGGCACGGUGAUGACACCAAACUACAUAGACUCGAGUAGUCUCAGCGUUGCUCCGUGGUGUGACUGCAGCAACAGCGGUAAUGAUAUAGAUGAAUGCAUGAAAUUUCUGAAUUUUUUCCAGGACAACACAUGCCUUAAAAAUGCAAUUCAGGCCUUUGGCAAUGGCACUGAUGUGAAUGUGUGGCAGCCAAUCCUACCCGUACAGACCACUACAGCCACAACUACAACAGCUUCCAGACUUAAAAAUAUGGAUUCAGAGACAACUAACAAUGAAAUACCCACACACAAUGAUUCCCCAGCAUGUGCAAACUUGCAGGCACAGAAGAAGCGGAAAUACAAUGAAUCUAUAGAUACAGAGCUCUGUCUUAAUGAGAAUGCUAUUGGGAAGGACAACACAGCAGGAGUCUCCACCAGUCACAUAUCUUCAGAGAAUUCAUUUGCUCUUCCUACAAGCUUCUAUCUAAGCACACUGCUCAUUCAGAUGACAAUUGCACUCUCUCUCUGUUUGUUCCUAAGUUCAUCAGUCAUCUUGUAGCUGCGUUACAAAAGGACAUGUAAAAAAGAAAAAUAUCUGUUUCCUGUCCUCUGUUGUGUAUCUGGAAUUCCAGGUCUGGGAGCUAAGCUGAGGCACUCCUGCUAGAACAGUUUCAGUCAGCUGGAAUUUUUUUUCUCUCUAAAAAAGCUUCUUGCGAUAUUUAGAGGCUUUGUGAAGUACUUGGUGCAGUGCUA